CAGACAGGGAGAAGGAACUGAUUAUGGAAAUUUAGGGAUUGCCUAUCAUUCAUUAGGAGAAUAUCACAAGGCGAUUGAAUAUCACGAAAAGAAACUGAGCAUAGCUAAAGAGAUUGGUGACAGACAAGGACAAGCCAUUUCUCAUCAUAAUAUAGGUGUUGCAUAUGAGGAAGAAUCGAUUAUUAAAGAUCUCAGCAAAUCAAAAGAACACCUAGAGAAAAGCACACAGUGCUUCGAGAAAUUGUUUGAUGAUUUAAAAGACAAUGACCAAUUCAAGGUUUCAAUCGUCGAUACAUUCAUCGAAACCUACAAGAUCCUCAGCCAAGUCCACAUUAAAUCUGGACAAAUCGAAGAAGCGCUCAUGGUAUGUGAACGUGGACGAGCAUGUGCUUUGGGAGAUCUCUUGUACCCUAAAUAUAACACAACUGAGAAAACAGAAUCACAAGAACCGGAAUUUGCAGAUGUCAAAAGAAUUUCUUCAUAUAAAGAAGCCAUUCUGUUUUACAAUCUUCACAACAACAAGGUAACUUAUAAUUGCUGGGUCAUAUCAACCAAAAGUCCAUCAACAUUCUAUUAUGAUGAAAUGGAAAGCAUCAAAGCUUUGGCAACAAUUGUGUUGAGACUGUCUGAAUAUGAUAAAACAAACUUGAAUACGGGAUAUUUUCAAUAUCUCGUUGACAACAGUUUUCGCCAGAUGCGUCUUAGAGAAGGGAUGAAAUGCGAUGAACAAUCGAUAAACUUACUAGACCAUGAAAACGGGGAGCCUGCAGCUGCCGCUACAAAGUCUUCAAAUCUCAGAGAAACUGCCCUCACAGUUUUUCGACAGGUUGACAGAUGGUGCGCUUCCGCGGACGAUGAAGAUGAUAUCGAGCCUCUCGAAGUGCUUUCCCGUAGACUUCUCUCUCCAGUAAUUAACCAGCUGACCCACGACGAGGUGAUCAUCAUCCCUGACGGUCCUCUGUUCAUGGUGCCAUUUGCUUCAGGGGCGCUGAUCAUUGGAAACCCUACAGGGGAUUUACCUGGUGCAGAGAAAGAAGCCGUSGAGAUUGGUAACCUUCUCGGUGUUCAACCAUUGAUAGGAAAACAAGCAACAAAAGAAGUCAUUUUGGAGAAACUAAAGCAAGACGUGUCCGUGAUCCACUUUGCUUCACACGGCAGAGAUAAAAAUGGUCAGAUCUUACUUGCUCCUUCUACUCCUCCGAUGAAUUCGUGUCCAGCGGUUAACAAGGCCAACAUCUUGACCAUGAAGGAAGCACAGGAGAGCGGAAUUCGUGCUCAACUGGUUGUGCUGAGCUGUUGUCACAGCGGUAAAGGUGACAUCAGGUCUGAGGGAGUUGUUGGGAUGGCUCGAGCCUUUCUUGCUGCAGGAGCUCGUGCUGUUGUAGCGUCAUUGUGGGCCAUUGACGACACAGCAACAAAGGUCUUUAUGCUCAAAUUCUAUUCACAUCUGAAGAAAGGAGAAAGUGCAAGUUUGAGUCUUCAGCAGGCAAUGAAGGAGAUGAGAGAAAUAGAAGAAUACAAGGAACCAAAAUACUGGGCGGCCUUCUUUCUAAUUGGAGACGAUGUAACCAUCACAGUGUAA